AUGGCAGUUCUUCCUCUUUCCUCUGCAGUGGAUCGCGCGGAGAAUUGGGACGAGGACUUUGAGCUCCAGCAGAGUGGUCAAUCUCGUGCCGACGCACACCCGGAAAUGCGUCUCAUGGACGUCACUAAAUCGCCACUGAAAGACAGGAAGAAUACCGUCCAGCACUGUGCAGACGCGGGACCGUCUAUGCCCAUCAGACGUUUCAGCGAGCAGGUAGAGAACUGGGACGACGAUUUUAGAGAUAAUACAGAUUCGCCGGUCCGCCGCUUGUCGCACCAGCGGCAGGACGCACAGGAGGCCGAGAACUGGGAUGCUGACUUCGAAGAGGAUAGACACGGGCAGUCCCCUCCACGGAAAGGGAGCCGACAGGAUACGUGGGCCUCGUCUGACGAGGAGGAUGAUUACAGGUUUGCGGAUAGAGAGGAGGAUCGCACAGUCACCUCUCGUACGCGCGGUGCUCCCCUCACCAUCCCUGACAUUCCUCCAGUUCCACCACUCCCAUCCCCAUUUCCUCGCUCUCCCACCGUCUCUGUUUUUUCUGUGCCCCCAUCGUCCCAUGGUCAUGAUGCGUACUCAUACUCCUCGACUGCUCCUCUUGCCCUUCGACCGACCAUCUCCGGUGGUAGCUCUGCGUUCGCCCUCUUGCCCCCAAGUCCGCCUAUUCACCGCGAACGGCGGAGGCUGCGCAAGAAAUCCCGUCCGACUCCACAUACUAACGAUAUAUUUGAGCUUGAUGAUCGCGCGGAGAAUUCUGUUCCGCGUCCAUUGCCGCCAUCUCAGCCGUCUACGCCAGAGAAGAAGCCCAGCCCAGGGCUUCCGUCUCCUGACGAUUCUUCCGCUGAUCACCACCCAUCCACGUCCACAUUACUGAAGACACCGCUGCUCUCACGCAUCGGUUCGGUAGGCAAGAAGUGGAGCACAGCGCGCAAGAAGCGAGCGAGUACCGGCCCGUCCGAGGUUACGCUCAGUGAGCAGCGCGCGCACGAGCACGAUGCUCCGCCUCGGCCACCUUCUCAGCUCUCGUCGUCCCCACCGUCCGCCAAGAGCAGCUGGUUUUUUCGAAGUGGUGGCGCAGGCCCCGGGCCAGGCUCGCCACCCGCCCACACGUCGGCUCUGAAGCAUGAAUCCAGCAUGGACAGGCUCCUCUCCCUAGCAGGCCUCGACCGCGUUCCUCAAACGCCCUCGCGCAAGCGGGACGAGCGCGCUGCAGGAAGUCUCCCCCGCGAGUUGCGCAGCGCCGCGAACGGGAACGAGGUCCGGUCGGCGAUGCUCUUCGGUGGAGCGCGCCGGCCGGUAUCUAUGCAGGUGACAAACUCUGCGAGCUCUAGCUCGAGCUGGGGUUCGAGGGGCUCAAGACCGCCUGUCCCGCGCCAUGCGUCGUAUGGACGCAGCAUGGUCAAGCGUCCCGCAACGGCUGAUAGCAGGUCAAGCUCGAAGGCGCGCUCUGUCUCGGCAUCCGCCUCAGCCAGCGUGGAAGACCUGGACGUCAACGAGAUGCCAGCAAGGAUUAGUGAAGGGAAGAAGGAUGGCAUUCAGGCAAAGGGUAAGGGGAAAGAAAAGGAAACGGAGAAGCACCAGGGGAGCCGUAGUUUUAUGGGUGGAAUGCGGCGACUCAGCCUGGUAGGCAGCAACAAGCACUGGCGGAGCAAGACCUUGAUGCAGACCCCCGACCGCAAGGAACCACACACACCUUCAAGCCCGAAAGUUCGGGCGUUUCCCGACGAGGAUCAGACUACUCCGCGCCCACCGUCGCGGGUAGUGCGCCGCUCGCAGGACGCGCUGCUCCCACCGCUAGAGCUCCAGCCCGCAGCACCCUUACGCCUUCCACCGAGCGUGUCGGCGCCUGCGAGUUCGACCAUUGAGUCCCUCUUCCACCCGCAUCCCUUCCUCGAAGCCUCUCGUUCCCAUCCAGCGUUGUCGGCCAAAUUUACCGCAGAACCCCCACUGUCUAGUCCUCCACCAUCACCUUUGGCAUCGCCACCUAGACCGAAGGUCCCAUCCUCGCCACCGCAAUCCGCUUCACUCGGUCGUGCCGCGCAACCGCCGAAGGAGCAGGCGAAUAACAAUUCGAUGCCUCCCCGGCGCAAUUCCCUGGGCGAUCUCAAGAUACCGGCGAGGAUCAGUCAGGCGCAGGUCAGUCUGCGUCGUGACUUGGGAAUGGUGAGGGAAUUUGCGGCCAGCAUUGAACAGCUCAAGCAGCUUCAAGACGCGUACAACACCCUCGUUGGCGAAGUUCAUGAGCUCAUCGAAAGUUCUCAGCCCGCACCAUCUCGCGCCAUCUCCCCCACGUUCUUCAAUCUCCCGCAACCCAUCUCUCGCAUGCGUUCCAGCACAAAUCCAACGCCCAUUCCGCAAUACAACCGUCGCGAACUUAGUGUCGCUUUCCAGCUCAUCGAGACGAAAUACCAGAUUCCUUGGGAGUGUGUGGAAUUGCUCAUCGACCUCGGCAGUGGCGCCCCCGUUGCUACCAUAUCUCCUACCCCGUCCUCGCAGUCGGUUCCGCCCAUGACAUCUCCCGCCGCCACUGAUCCUAAGAAGAGUCGUGAGCGCGCAAUCACGCUGGCCGGAGACGAGUCUAAGCCUGCCGUUCCAUUACCUGCCGACACCUUGACGUCGCCUAUCGCGAACCCGCCUAGCCCUGCACAGUGGCGCGCAUCGACUGGUCGGCACGACCUGACUCAGCGCCAGUUACUCCUGCUCCGUGAGUUGCUCAAUAACCCAGAUUCAUCGACGUACCUGAGCGCGGAGCCGCACAUAUCGGAAGAGGAGAUCGACCGCAAUUGGCGAUGGGGGGAUGCCAUGAACAGUACCAUCACCCUACCGAGCGAGGAGUCAGUGCAGUCCGGGUCUGGCGCAUUGAACGGCAAGAAACGACGCCUCGGUAUGCGGAAACUUAGGGAUAUUCUCAAGUCCUUGAAGAGAAGCUACUCCGAGCGGCCGUCCCCACUCCCGCCUGUUCCUGUGUCGUCGACGUCAAUUCUGGCAAGCACCGAGUCCUCUCUCGACCUACCCCGAGAGCAUCAAUCUGACUCCGUUCAGCGACGCCGCGCGAGGACCAGUACCGGACCAGAGUCUAUGAAGUCCUCUCGAGAACAGCACCCUAAUUCGCCGUAUGCCACGUCUGUCUCGCUCAAGCAUCGGUCAUCGCCUCGCCGCCCGUCCCUAGCUUCCAUCUUCCGUCUCGGCCAGAAAAGCAAGUCCUCUCAAAGUACGGGACAAUCCUCUGACGAUCUCAAGCACCCGAGCAGCGGCUCGGAGCAUGCAAGUAGUUUACGGGUUGCGGAUGAAGAGGAGGACUGGGAUCGCGUCGAGGCGAUCUCAGAGAUGAAUCACGCAGGACGAGCGCCUUCAGACGGUGCGGCGACGGUGAGGGGAAAGACGCACCGGUCGCCUUAUUCGCAGCAUCACCAAGAGCCGUUUCCGGGGGGCUCUCCGUCUGUGUCGCAGACAUCGCUGAACGUGCAGCCGUCCCCGCACAGAAGUGCCCCCGCAGGCCAUUUCCAUUUGCUGCCUACGCGGUCGCCUAAGUUAUCGAAUGUCCGGGAACUCGCUGAGCACGGUACGCCUCCAGAGCCACGGCCAUCGUCAAGGAGCACAAACCACGCGCCCACACCCAGUCCCAGUGCGAGAUAUAGGCCGUUUCGCAGCCGCAUGAGUGGCCCGUCGGGGUCUGUGCGUUCGGCGCCCCCUCAGGUGUUGGCGCACCACGGUCCAGGUAUUAUACUUGGUACGCUACCCGAGUCGAGGCUGUCUAUGACCCCGGAGAACAUCCAACCGUUGUUGGAGAAUGCGCGGGAGGUGCAUGCACGGUGCAGCGAGUGCAUCAUCGAGCUUCAGGCUCUGCUGACUGUGAAUGGUGGGCCGGCUCAGUCGCAGAUGCGUUGA